UGUGGUGUCACCUGUGAUUACAAUUAAAUCUUUGAUUAUUUUUUGUCAAGUGUUUGUUAUUUUUUUACCUUUUGUGAAUUCGUGGAUUAAAUUGUUGAUAAAAUGGAAGCAAGAUUUGAGGACGAAUAUGAUUUAGUUGUAAUUGGAACGGGUCUGUGUGAAUCUAUUGUGGCCACUGCUUGUUCAAGGAUUGGGAAAAAAGUUCUCCAUCUUGAUCCAAACGAUUACUAUGGAGAUCAAUGGACUAGUUUUACUUUGUCACAAUUAGCUGAAUGGGCUCAGAGUCAUCAGCAGGCUAAACCAAUUGGAGUUGUAAAUACUCUUGGAAAUGGUGAUCCACAACAAGAACAACAGUUACAACAAGAAUUUUCUCAAGAACCUACUGAUCAAAUUAAUCUAAACACUCGUAGAUCCAACAAUCAUAACUCUAAUCUUCGUCUUAGUUUAAGUAGAGUUAAUCUAACAGCUGGUGAGAUGAUUUAUCCAUGGGAAGAAGGAACAAAGUUAAUUUCUAAUAUGGAGGUUAAUUCAUAUGUGUUGAAUGAAGAACCAGCUCCUCAAGAGAAAUCACCUGAAGAAAUGGGCGAAGAUGACGAAGAAGAUGAUGAAACCGAAUUAUGGACUUGGUCAAGGUUAUCAUCUGAAAGGAAUUGGGGUAUUGAUUUGGUCCCAAGGUUACUUUAUUCUCGUGGAUCUAUGGUUAAUCUUCUUGUUUCGUCAAACAUUUGUAGAUAUCUUUCAUUUCGCUCUAUUGAGCGGAUUCUUUCAUGUUUACCUGGAACUGAUGAGUUAAUGGAUGUCCCAUGUACUCGGCAAGAUAUUUUCAAUGAUAGUUAUACCUCAUUGAUUGAGAAAAGAGUUCUCAUGAGAUUCAUUACCCUUUGCUUGGAAUUGGAACGUCGACCAGAUCUAAUUGAAGGAUACGAAGGUUUUGAAGAACAACCUUUCAUUGAUUAUCUUCGAUCAAAAGGCUUCACUCCUCUUCUUCAACAUCUUGUUCUUAAUUCAGUGGCCAUGGUUGAUCCAUCAACACCAACUCAAGAAGCUAUGGAACAUUUGAAAAAAUUUGUCAGUUCAUCUGGAAGAUUUGGUAGCACUCCUUUUCUUUUCCCGUUCUAUGGAUGUGGAGAGAUCCCACAAGCAUUUUGUCGACUUUGUGCUGUAUUCGGUGGGACAUACUGUCUUAAGAAGUCAAUUGACGGAGUUGUUGCUAAGGACGAUGUCAUUAGCAGUAUAAUUAUCGGCUCUCAGCAAAUUAAAUGCCAAAAUCUAGUCUGUAGUCUGUCAAACGUUCCCAAAAGUCUUCUUGUUCCUCACCAAGUAAACAGCGUUUCUCGUGCUAUUUUCAUCUCUGCUGGCUCGUUAAAGUAUUCUCAAAGUGCCGAAUCUUUACUUCGAUUCCCUGGACCUUUUCCAAUUUUGGUUGUUGAAGCUUCAUGGGCCAGUUUCAUAGCUCCAAAAGGACUAUUCGUUAUUUACGCGUGGUGUGAUUCAUAUACAGGAAACGCGAAAGAAGAUUUACUUCCAAUUGCUCGUAAAUUGUUUAACUUUGAAAGUGGUGACGAAAAUAAUGUUAAACCAAAGCUUCUUUGGUCAUGUUAUUACAAUCAAGCUACAGCUGAUUGUACUCAUAUUACAGAUAAAUAUCAGAAUCUCUAUGUAACUUCACCUCCAGUUAAUGAGCUUGAUUAUGAUUCCGUGAUUGAAGAAGCUAAAUCAAUCUUCGAUACUCUCUUACCAGACGAAGAGUUUCUCCCACGAGCUCCAGAUCAUGACGAAAUAGUGAUUGAAGGUACACCCAAUAAAAAGAACAAGGAUGACGAUGAUCUGGAUUAAACACGCAUCCAUCUCAAUAAAUGUAAUUCCCUCAAUUGUGAUCACAAUGGAAACAAACACUUUCCAAAUUUAUAUCUACUCACACAAAACUUAUUACUUUUUAUCUCUUUGUGUUAUUUAAUCUUUUAUUUAUUUCCACAAUCAAAUCAAACAAUAUAAAAGUUGAUUUGGUUUACUUUCCACUUAUACACAAACCGAUCAUCUCCAUUAUAAUCAAAGUCUUAAUCAGAAGCUAAAUUUUCUAGGACAAUCAAAGGUUUUCCCCAUACAAAAAGCCAACAACAAAAAGAACAAGGAAUCCAUUGUGUCAAAUGUGAAUUAACAAUCAAGUAAAUUGACCCAAUAAGACGUAAAAUUUUUCGAGAUGAAAACGCAUGAUUAUUAUUAACGGAUAAAAUUCUGCGAGAAUUUUUUCACAAUCGACAAUUUAUCAAAUGUUCAAUGAUUUUUAUUCCAUAUUUUUCAAUUAUUAAUAAUUUUUUUUCUGUUCCAUGGAUAUUGUUGAAUCAAUUUGGAUACAAUUUAUCAAACAAGAUAAUUAACAAUCAACCAAUGAAAUCCAGACGAAACCAAUCAAAGCCAAUGAACAAAUCAACUUCAAUUUCCUGAUUACCAUUGAGAUGAUGUUGCAACGACAGAAAAUAUUUUGUAAUCAAUACCAUUUUCUCAUCCAACUGCUAUUUAAUUAUUAACAAUUUAUACGAGCCAAUUAAUCAACUGGAUCUCAAAAUCAGUGUCAGAUUAACCUUCAAAUCCCAAUUAAUCAAUUAAUCAACUUUUUUUGCCAUUUGUAGAAACCAAAAAGGAACACAACAAACGAAAUUGUAAGAAUACAAUCAAGAUUAGUGAACAAUCAAAUAUUUAAAAAUUAGUUCCAUGAUCAGAAUAUGAUUCAGUUCUGAUUGUAUUAAUUUAUAAUUGAAAUCUAAGGGAAGAGAAAACAAAUAACAAAGUUAAAAGUUCACCAAAUAAUCUCAACUUUCAUUUUCCCUGAUCUAUCGGAAUACUCACAUAGAAAUACGAGUAUUACACUGAAAUUGAGAGGAAAAUAUUCUUAAAGAUCACGGAAUAUCUUUGGAAUCCAGGGAAUUCACCUUAACCAAGAAUUUUCUCUUAUUCUUUUGCUUAUUCUUAUUCUUUUUCUUUUUUACCAUGUUCUCAUCUCUUAUUCCUGAUUCUAUGAUUUCUCAUCACCAUAAUCAUCGUCUUUUCCAGUUAUAAAAUUGUUUUUCUU